UCCCAUUAAUUUACGCGUAACGAGGGUGAAUUAAAUUUAUUAGGCAACUAACAGUAAUUCAUGCGAAGCAAUACAAUAAUUCCUGCAGAUGCCGAUGCUGCAACGAGCAGUAAGUCCGGUAAAGUUAGUGAAAUGGGCGAGAGUAGCCAGAGCCAAGGAGCUGGUGAUGGCGAUGCUGGCAUCUACACAGAAUGUUGCUUUGAUGGCGAGGGCAGCGAAAAAGACCCAAAUAUUAGGGAGACGGCAGCUGGAACUGUUGAAAAGUCAGAGGAGCUUUUAAAACUGCAUCAGGCCGAUCUCACAACUAAAGAAAUCUUAGCAGAUUCAAUGGACGAUUCGGAGGAAAUGGCGUCUGAGCUGGAAGAUGGGCAGCAAAGGAGGCCAAAGCAUCGAAGAGGUCAUGAAGAUAAUGCAUAUAAUGGUGGAGAGCAAGUGCAAAAACAAUCACAAGAAAUGGUGCUUGAAAAUGAUGGCGAAAAGCAUGAAAUUAAAACAGAUAUUGCAUCCAGCUCAGUAUCAGGAACGAGGGCAGCAGAAAAUACGCCAACGUCGACAAUUUCAAAGCCAAUCAGUCCAGUUGAAAUUAAAAUCGAAAACCAAUCAACGAGGCCCAUUGACUCAGCAGAUGCACCACCCUCACCGGAGCCCACUACUUCAUUCCGUCAUAGUCCUAAGAUUACACGAAGCAGCAUCAACGGCACCCGCACACCGACAAUGCUAAAACGCUUACGCAAGAGCACGCGGAGUACACGUUUCAAGGCGAAAAUGUCGAUGCGUAACAAUGCAUCUGGCAACAAUAACAGCAAUGGCUUUAAUGGACAAAACCCCAUUUUAUCGGCGCACAUAGCCGCAUCUUCACCACAUCCUGGCAGCAGCAAAUCGCACAGCAAGGCAAGUGGUAUUGGAGGUGCAGGCACUAUGACUAGCAUGAGGAGUCGACGUGCUCUCUUCAAACGACCGGCACAGAAAACUCCAAAGGUCCAGGCAUGCACCAAGUUCGUAAAGAGCGUCUUCUAUAAGGGCAGCUAUAUGCAAAUUGGAGACAUUGUGAGCAUUGUGGAUGGUGAGGAUGGAGUGUAUUAUGCGCAAAUACGAGGUCUGCUUGUGGAUGCCUAUUGUGAAAAGUCGGCAUUUCUUACCUGGCUUAUACCUACGCAGGACAGUCCGGAUCCCAAAGAAGGUUUCGAUCCGGCAACCUAUUUAAUUGGACCCGAUGAGGAGCUAUCCCGUAAGCUAUGUUACAUGGAGUUCGUGAUGCAUGCGCCUAGCAAUUAUUACUAUGAUCGGACAACACCCUUUCCGGUACCCGAUGUGGACGAAUAUGCGCCACAGCGGGCAUGUGGUUACAUUUGGACCCGAUUGCCCGUCGUAAAGCGUGAAAAAAAUGAUGCACAUAGUUGAACGAAUUCAGCAUUAAUUAUCAGAUACCCAUAAUACUUCAUUAAAAAUCAUGGAUAAGGAUAUUUCUGAACAAUUUGAACAAGUUAAUUUAUUGUAAUUUCUGUAUAUGAACGAAACUUAAGUAUGUGGCAACAUGCCAAUCUUGCCUAGGUCUAUGGCUACUAUCAGCAAUUGACAGGUAUAUUUCUAUUGUAUUUCCCAGACUAUUGAGUAUAAUAAUGUGUGUUCUUUUUCCUUUCAUAAUGUUUAAGUCAAAUUAAAGUUGGCAUUCAUAUUCACAA